ACACACACUUCUUCUCUCUCCCUCCUCUCCACUUUCUUUUUCCCCCUUUGCUUCGCCUCAACGUUCGGUGGCCAAAUCAUCCCCAUCAAUCCAUUGCUUCUUCUACUCCCAUCGUUAUAAUAUUCACUGCAAUCACCAAUUCAUCACUCUGCUGCAGUUACAGAUGAACUGGAAAUGGGCAAGGUGGAAGAAUUGCAAUUACACGGCGGCCAGUAUGAGCAGCAGCGGCGGCAGCAGGAGGUUGAAGGCGCUCUAUCCUCGGCAAUACUCUGCGAUAGAUGCUCGAUCCGGCUCUGUAGAAUCGGCCGGGAGUUCAGUCCCCGGUGCGCCGUCGUUGGGAUCUUCAGCCUCACGGUUUUCCUGCCGGCCCUGUUCUGGAUCCUUCCCCUUCACUCGACUCGGCCCGGGUUUGAUGCAAACGACGCCAUCAAGCUCCGCGCAACAAUUCAAGCAUACUUCAGAUUGCCAAAGCCAGUUUCGGAACUAGUUCCGCAUAUUGGAAGACUAGAGUAUGAUAUUUACAAUGAAAUAGGUGUCCCAAAUUCAAAGGUCGCUAUCCUAUCUAUGCAUCAACCUAGUGCAUCUAACUGGACCAAUGUGGUGUUCGGCAUUCUUUCUGAUCCAAUUGACGUUUCAAUAAAUCCAGUGUCCUUAAGUUUGCUGAGAUCAUCUUUAGUAGAGCUUUUCGUUCAGGAAAGCAAUUUGACAUUGACAAGGAUUUUUGGGCAACCAUCUUCUUUUGAAAUUUUGAAGUUUGCAGGUGGAAUCACUUUAAUACCUGAACAAUCUGCUGGUAUUUCGGAUAUACCUCUGGUCCUCUUUAACUUUACUCUCAAUAACUCUAUACAACAAAUAAAGGAUAAUUUUGCUGACUUGAAGGAACAGCUGAAAUUGGGAUUGCAUCUAAGGUCAUAUGAGAGUAUCUAUAUGCUGGUAACAAAUAGAAUCGGCUCAACAAGAGAUCCUCCUGUUACAGUUCAGGCUUCAGUUAAGUCUUACACGGGAAUCCCUUUACCCCAGAGGUUGAGGCAAUUGGCCCAGUUAAUCACAGGUUCUCCUGUAGAAAAUCUUGGACUUGAUAACUCGGUUUUUGGUAAGGUUAAGGAAAUCAGUCUAUCUUCUUUUCUAAAUAAUACACUUCAUGCAACCCCACCGAGCCCUUCUCCAGCGCCCGGACCAGCACCAGGGCAAGAUGAUUAUACUGAUCUUUCUCCAUCGUACCCUCCUGCUGCUUCCUCUCCUGAUAAUCAUCAUCAGUUUGCACCUUCUCCAUCUGAUGAUAGCUACCCCUUUCCACCAAGCCCUGAAAAUUCUCAGAAUUCUGUACCUCCCAUUUCUAGUGUUGCACCUUCAAUGGUAGAUGCUCACACCCCUCAUCCUAGCCCACAUUCUGGUUCUGCACUUGUACCAAGCCCCCCUCCUACAUUCGAUUAUGACUCUGCUGCUCCAUCAUCCUUUUCAGCUGAUGCUCCUGGUUCUUAUCCGCCUUCUGUGGGUUCUACGCCACCCUUGUCUCCUUAUCUUCCUCCUUUACCUCUUGUAUCCUAUGACUCUAGGCCAAGACAGGACAGGGAAAGUGGGAAAAAAUUAGCAUCUCCACCACAUGCCUCACCCACAAUCUCAGCAUUUCCAUCUUGAUUCUUGGCAUUCCAUCUCUUAAGUUGGUCUUAUGGAUAAACAAUGGGGUAACAGUGAUUCCCAAACGUAGUUUCCCGGCUUGCAACACACAACGGCUGACAGUUUUGCCUCUGGCCAUAGGGCAACACAGGAGGCGGUUCAAAGUUGCUGAUCUUAGGAAGGCAACAUACAUACAUAUUACAAGCGUUCGAGAACUUACAGGUCAAAGCCAGAGAGGUGGCAGGCCUCUGCUUUACAAUGCAACCAAGCAGGAAGUAUGAGCUGUUCUUCCACAAGUGAUUUAACUCCCAAGAUGUAACUAGUAAACAAAUGACUGUAAUAUGCAGUGUUUCAAGGAGAACCAUUUCACUAGUUAGAAGUGUAAAAUAUAUGGUUCUUUUUGAGCAUCAGCCCAGUUGGGGUAGGUAACACCACAUUUGUGUUAACAGAAGAAUGGAUGUAAACUGAAGGAAGUUUACAUUACAGCCUGAUGAAAAUGUGGUAUAUGUUUUACAUGAA